CGCCCUCGGCCUGCGCCGCGGCGAAGGUGAAUCCCGUGGGUCGCGGGUGGCCGCUGAGUGUGCGGCGCCUGAGGCAGCAGCGCCCGACGCCGAGUAAAGCUCGCGCGGAGUUGUUUUAUAUAGAAAUCUUGUGGGACCACUGCACAGAGUGAUGAUUGUACAAAGAGUGGUACUGAAUUCCCGACCUGGAAAAAAUGGCAGUCCAGUGGCAGAAAAUUUCCGAAUAGAAGAAGUCAAUUUGCCAGAUAAUAUCAAUGAAGGGCAGGUACAAGUUAAAACCCUUUAUCUUUCUGUGGACCCUUACAUGCGCUGUAAGAUGAAUGAAGACACAGGCACUGACUACAUAGCACCGUGGCAGCUGUCUCAGGUGGCCGACGGGGGAGGUGUUGGAGUUGUGGAGGAGAGCAAGCAUACGAGUUUGACUAAAGGCGAUUUUGUGACCUCUUUCUAUUGGCCUUGGCAAACCAGGGCUAUUCUGGAUGGAAAUAGCCUUGAAAAGGUAGAUGCACAACUUGUGGAUGGACACCUUUCAUAUUUUCUUGGAGCUAUAGGUAUGCCUGGUUUGACUUCUUUGAUUGGGAUACAGGAAAAAGGUCAUAUAAUUGCCGGAUCUAAUCAGACAAUGGUUGUCAGUGGAGCAGCAGGUGCCUGUGGAUCCUUGGCUGGACAGAUUGGCCAUCUGCUGGGCUGUUCCAGAGUGGUGGGAAUAUGUGGGACACAGGAGAAGUGCCUCUUCUUGACCUCAGAACUGGGCUUUGACGCCGCAAUUAAUUAUAAGAAAGGGAGCGUGGCGGAACAGCUCCGAGAAUCAUGCCCAGCGGGAGUGGACGUUUACUUCGACAAUGUUGGCGGCGACAUCAGUGACACAGUGAUCAGUCAGAUGAAUCAGAACAGCCACAUCAUCCUGUGUGGUCAGAUUUCUCAGUACAAUAAAGAUGUGCCUUAUCCUCCCCCGCUCCCGCCCGCCAUAGAGGCAAUCCAGAAGGACAGAAACAUCACAAGGGAGAGGUUUCUGGUGUUAAAUUACAGGGAUAAAUUUGAGCCUGGCAUUCUGCAGCUGAGCCGGUGGUUUAAAGAAGGAAAGCUAAAGAUCAAGGAAACUGUGAUAAAUGGAUUGGAAAACAUGGGAGCUGCAUUCCAAUCCAUGAUGACAGGCGGUAACAUCGGAAAGCAGAUAGUUUGCAUUUCAGAAAUUUCUUUGUAAUCUUUGUAAACUUUUUCAUCAAAGAAAUCACAUUUUUUCCCCGUUGUACACAAAACAUUGAAGAAACCUUUAAACAAUCUAACAGUAUGGAGCCAGGCAUGGUGGAACAUGCCUGAAAUCCCAGCACUUGGGAGGCUGAGGCAGGAGGAUCACAAGUUCGAGG